AUGAGUCUCAACAUGGCACCUAUUAUCAACUCCAAUGGAAUGCCAUUGUUCAACAGUCAUCCAUCCUCUCCUUCAUCGACACCAUCAUCAUUCUCAGAGGAUCCACUACUAAAGAAGGAUGAUACCAGUGAGCCAACUUCGCCCAACAACGACACACCAAAGAAGGCUGGCCGCAGAAAGAUCAAGAUCGAGUUCAUCGACGAUAAGAGCAGACGACACAUCACCUUCUCCAAGAGAAAGGCAGGCAUCAUGAAGAAAGCCUACGAGCUGAGCACACUCACCGGCACCCAGGUGCUGCUCCUGGUCGCCUCGGAGACCGGACAUGUAUAUACGUUCGCCACCUCGAAGCUCCAGCCGCUCAUCACUCGACCAGAGGGCAAGAACCUCAUCCAAUCAUGUCUCAACACACCAGAUCUGCCUGCAUCGCCGCCAAUGCAGUCCACGCCAUCAAGUGCAUCCAACCUCCAAGUCAACACACCAAGAAUGGCCGGCCAGGUGGGCAUCCCACAGCAGGCAUUAGAGCAACCAUCACAACUUGCCGCUGUCCAACAGCAGCAAGCUCAACAACAAGCACAGCAACAACAACAACAACAACAACAACAACAACAGCAACAGCAACAGCAACAACAGCAACAGCCUCAGUCCUACCCAGACACUCUGCUAAUGCCGACAUAUCCCGACGCCCUCUACCAGACCGACACAUCAGACAAGGACGACCGCAGGUCUGGCGCCAUGGGAAUGUCGGCCAAGGACUCCAAGGUGCCCUACAUCAACGCUGCAGGCAACAUCGACCUUGUUGGCUACGGCGCGAACAGCUACACAGGCAACAACAUGAUACCGGGAUCAAUGGGCUAUUACCCGUCGGCGGUGCCCAAUCCUCGUGGCUAUACAAUGGGCAACCCCAACGGAAGCGCUUCAUCAUCACCAACCUCGCCCACCCAGUACACCUAUCCGCAGCAUUCAAUCAUUGGACAAUAUCCAUCGCAAUGA